AUGUCCCAACUCGAGCGCUCCCUCAAAGCGACCAGCGUCUCAGAGACGCUAAGUACAUACAAUGAAUGGGCAAACACCUACAACCAAGACGUCGAAAAAGAAGAAUACGUCGCUCCCCUCCUCGCAUCCCAGGAUCUACUCACCCAUCUCAACACUCAAAUCUCCUCCGCUAAGAUUCUCGACGCCGGCUGCGGAACAGGUCUCGUCGGCAAAGCCCUGACCGACCUCGGCGCCUCAAACAUCCACGGCAUAGAUCUAAGCCCCGGUAUGUUAGAAGUAGCCAACAGAACAGGCGUUUACAAAUCACUCAACGUCGCGAAUCUCGCUGAAAAGCUUGAUAUUCCUUCACAGAGCUAUGAUGCGGUUAUUUGUGUCGGGACUAUGACGGAGGGACAUGUUGGACCUGAGGCAUUUGAUGAGUUUGUGAGAGUUACUAAAGCUGGGGGCGUUAUUGUUUCGACGAUUCGAGAGUCGGUUUGGCAGGUGAAGGGGUAUGAGGAUAAGGUUAAUGGGCUUGAGGAGCAGGGCAGGGUUAAGAUUGUGGGGAGGAAGAGGGAGCAUCAGAGGAUUGGGGCUGGUGUUUAUGCGUAUUUUGUUGUUUUACAGGUUUGCUGA